GGGUGUCUGCACGAGCUCCCGGCGCCUUCGGAGCCUCCGCGGGGAAGAUGAAGACCCUUGUUGGUUGCGCCCGUCGGCAUUUGGUCCUCUUCAGGCCCUGUUGUCUUCAAAACAGCUUUGCUCCUCAGUUGUGGAAAAGAGGCCACCAGAUGCUCCAUUCUUUUCAAAGUCCUACAAUUCUGCAACAGGGAGGUAGCCGGAUGCCCGUCGUCCGCCGGGUGCAGCCCCGCUGGCUGGGUAGCCUUGACUUGUCUCAACACGAUCCGAAGCCACAAUCUAGCCUUGAAAACUCAGAGAAGUUUACCUUGAUUUACCGAUUCCCCAGCAUCAGGUUGUUGAAACUCUUCUCGAGGCUGAAGGUGCUGCAGACGGGCCUCGCUCUGGUGGUCCUCCCUCCGCUCUGGUAUCUCCACGGGAUAAACCAGGUUACUUUCGCUCAGGGCUUUUACGCCACAGGCCUCUUCUCCUUCACCCUCGUCUUUCUGUACGCCCUCAGCUUCUUUCUGCAACGGGUCAUCGGGUUCAUGUAUCUGAGCGAAAGCAGGACUCUCUUGAAGAUCUCCCACUUGACCUUUUGGGGGAAGAGGAGGGAUUUCUGCUGUCCGGUGGAGUCUGUCGUGGCCUUGGAAGUCGAAGGCGGAGAGAGCAACAGGCACCUCCUGAAGUUCAGACAGCAGGACCAGAAAAAAGUCUUGUAUUUUUCACUUCUUUGGGGGCAGGUUGUGAAUCAAGAAGCCUUUGGCAAAGUGUUCGGUGUUAUUCCUAAGUCUGUGUGAGAGGGGGAG